ACGCGUCAACAAACACCGCGUUUCUCCCUAAACCUAUCACCAUUGUUAGCGAGACUCGACUUAGAAUUAUGGACCCCGGUGAAGGACUUGAGAAUGAGGAAGAGGAAGAGACAAGGACCCACGUUCCUUCAACCCCAGGACCCUCAACGCCGUUGAAGAAUUCAUAUACAUAUCACUCUCCGACUCCUAGCGGCGAAGGACCGUAUAUUCUUGGUGUAGAUGAAGCUGGUCGUGGCCCAGUUCUUGGCCCGCUAGUAUACGGUGUCGCAUACUGUCCUGUGUCGUACCGCAAUCAGUUAGAAGAACUUGGCUUCGCUGAUUCCAAAACUUUGACUCCAGAAAUCAGGUCUAAUCUUCUCGAGACUCUACAGUCAGAUCCAGACAACCUAGGCUGGUCCGUUCGAGUUAUAAGUCCACAAGCUAUAUCGAGUGGUAUGCUGCGGCGACCAGCUACGAACCUCAAUCGACAAUCUCAGGACGCUACUGUGAUGCUCAUCAAGGAUGUAUUAGACAAAGGCAUUCGGCUUUCAGAGGUAUAUGUUGACGCUCUUGGUACAACUUCCACAUAUCAGGCCUACCUUUCAUCCCAGUUCCCUGGUAUCGCAUUCACCGUGGAAUCCAAAGCCGACUUCAAAUACAAAAUUGUCGGGGCUGCGAGUGUAGCAGCAAAAGUUACACGGGAUGCCUGUCUAGAAGAUUGGACGUUUGAAGAGUUGGAAUAUAAGUCUCCAGACGUUACCCUCGGUUCUGGUUAUCCAUCAGACCCCAAAACUCAACAUUGGUUGAAGGCCAGUCUCGAUCCCACAUUCGGAUUCCCAAAAGUAGCCAGAUUUAGCUGGACAACGGUGAAACUGCUUCUCGAGAAACAGGGACACGCAGUGCAAUGGAUUGACGAGGGUCAAGAAUCCCUCAUUAAGGCGUUCGAAAGCGCACAGGGACUAGACAAAGACCGUUGCGGAUUGACAAGAGAGUUGGGCAUCAGAAGUAUCGCAACAUUAUGAAAAUUUGACUUACGCCUUUGUAAAUAA